CUGCUAUCUCAGAAACCUCCGAUUGAUCUGUCACCAUACAUUUGUUCCCUUCCCUCGGAGGUGGCAGGAUUCAACGGGCUGUUUGCAAACUUUGGCAUACCAGAGAAGUGCGAUGACGCAUUCUUGUUGGAGGUUCUUCACCUAAUAAAAGAGAAGUACGACAACAACCCUCCGCCUCCUAUGGCAGAGGUACGAAAAGACCUGCAGUUCUCUGUGGACAUUCUGAAUGAAAUUAAGCCAAGCGUUGGACAACAGUUGCCGCCAGAACUUCAGGAAAAGGUGCUCAUUCCGACACACGUGGAGGACGAUGCGUAUGUUAAGCUUGCACCAGUUGAGAAAUGCAUGUACUGCGAGCAUGAGUGGCUAGAAAGAAGUAACCAUGAUGGAGAAGACGAUGAAGAGAUGGAUUACUUUUAUGUACACCCAAACAUUCCGAAUAGCACAGCUGAACUUUUGCACGUUCCAACGUUAAUGAAUCGAAUGUUGGAGCCAGACGAGCUGGAUAUUGGAGAGGAAUUCGGACAAGAAGAAAAACUUACCUGUAGACUUAGGAGACUUUUGGAGGACUACACUGAUGGUUUUGCAGUACCCAAAGAGCUUGUCCAAAACGCAGACGAUGCAGGAGCCACCGAAGUGAGAUUUCUGUAUGACGAGCGAACGAACCAGGAUGCCAUGACCUGUCUGAUUGACGAGGAAAUGAAGCAUUGUCAGGGUCCUGCUCUGUGGGUUUACAACGAUGCCGAAUUCAGAGACGAGGACUUUAAAAACAUCACAAAAGUAAACGGUGCUACCAAAGAACAAGAAACUGAGAAAAUUGGCAAGUUUGGACUAGGUUUUAAUGCAAUAUACAAUCUGACCGAUGUUCCCAUGUUUUUGAGCAGAAACUAUUUUGUGAUUUUCGACCCGAACACAUUUUAUCUCGGAAAGGCAAUAAGAAACAAGAACAAACCUGGAAUAAAGAUAAAUAUCAACAAAAACACAAAGAGACUUCGGAAUCUCGGCAAUCAGUUUAAACCGUUCAAUGGAAUAUUUGAUUGCGAUCUCCGCCUAUGUAAAGACGACAAUUCUUACCCUGGAACUCUAUUUCGCUUUCCAUUACGUACCAAAGAGCAAGCUAUUAAAAGUGAAAUCAAGAAACUUCAUUACGACAACAAGCAAAUGAAAGAUCUCCUGAAGCUUUUCGCCUCUGGUGCUAAGACCCUUCUUCUCUUGACGCAAAAUGUUCGUCGUGUCAGCAUUUUUCACCUGCCGAAAGAUUCGAACUCUUCUAGUUCACCUAUGUUACUGUUUAAAGUAAACAAAUCCCUUUAUCGUGACGGAAUCACAAGGAAACUUUCUGUGCCACUCGCACUUCCACCAGCUGCUAGGAAACUCAGUAGUGAGGAGCAGUACCUUUUGCAACAGUGUAACUUUUUACGCGCGUCCUCCGAACUCAUGAAGCAUUUCAAGGAUUCCAGUUCAGUUUCACUCAGUUCGGGUCUCACAAUCACCAUCCAGAAUACCUCUACCGAGGCAGGGAUAGCAUUUGUCGAAGGCAACGACCCUUCACGAGAUCAAUUGGAGAUUUGGCACGUUGCCUCUUCCAUGGGCAGAGGAGAAGCAAUGCAGUUUGCAAAGAUUGAUAAGAGUCUACUCCCAUCAGCGGGGGUAGCAGCCAAGUUGAUCCCCGGCGAGGGUGGAAAGCUCUUGCCCGAGGCGGUUGGCCAUCUGAUCACAGAGAAUGUGCAACAACCCAAGGGAAGAUUGUUCUGCUACCUUCCACUUCCAAUCGGUAGUGGCUUUCCGGUGCAUGUUAAUGGGGCAUUUGCGGUAGCGUCUAACAGGCGAAGCUUGAAAGAGAAGACAUUCGAUGACAAAAGUUCUAUGGCAGUCGAGUGGAACAAUCAUCUGAUGCAAGAUUCAAUUUGUGAGGCAUAUGUAGACCUUCUCCAGGACGUAAAGAAGUUGGCUGCUGAACCGUACCAUUAUCACGCACUGUGGCCUAGAGCUUGUGCAGUAGAGCCGAAUUGUGAGCCUGUUGCGCGUUCAUUUUACCAGUGUUUGACACGUAGAUACUAUGAUCUCUUUUCCUAUGGUAGGCACUGGGUUGGCUUAAACCAAGUGGUCUUUCUUGUUCCAAAUUUACGCCAAGAUCCGAUAAUUGGGGAAUUGUCCUUAGAAGUUUUAAAGAGACUGAGAAAAGAGAAUGAGGUCAUCAUUGACCUUCCAGGUGAAGUCUUUCAGUCCUUUCUUGAGUAUGAUCUCGCCAAAGAAAUUAAGGAUAAAUGCUACGACAAUUCAAGCACCAGAACUGAGGGAGAAGUUGGUAUUGCAUACACUUGA